AUGGUCUUCGGAAAGCUCUACGGUCUCCCCGAAAACGGGCGUACCAUCGCCGUCCUGGUCGCUGCCAAGCACAACGACCUGGAGCUGGAGCUGGUCAACACUCAGCCCAACUCUGCUGUCAACACCAGCGCUGAGUACCUCAAGGUCCAGCCUCUUGGCAAGAUCCCUGCCUUCGAGGGUGCCAAUGGCUUCACCCUGUCCGAGGUCAUUGCCAUCGCCAUCUAUGUGACCUCCCAGAACGAGAAGACCACCCUCCUUGGCAAGACCAAGCAGGACUAUGCUUCCAUCGUCCGCUGGAUGUCCUUCGCCAACAGCGAGGUCCUCAUGAAGCUUGGUGCCUGGUACCGCCCCCUCCUCGGUCUCGACGGCUACAACAAGAAGACCGUCGAUGACGCCGCCAAGGCUGCUGUGAAGCCCCUUGCCGUCCUUGAGCAGCACCUCACUGCCAACACCUACCUGGUCGGCGAGCGCAUCACCCUGGCUGAUCUCUUCACUGCCUCCCUCCUGACCCGUGGCUUCGCCACCGUUCUGGACAAGAAGUGGCGCUCCGACAACCCCGCCACCACCCGGUGGUACAACACCAUCAUCAACCAGGACGCUUUCAAGGCUGUCGUCCCCAACCCCGUCUUCACUGAGGAGGUCAUCAAGUACACUGCCCCCAAGAAGGAGGAGAAGCCUAAGGCCGCUGCUGCCCCCGCUGCCGAGGAGCCCGCUCCCGCCCCCAAGCCCAAGCACCCCCUGGAGGCCCUUGGCAAGCCCACCCUCAUCCUCGAUGAGUGGAAGCGCCAGUACUCCAACGAGGACACCCGCCCCGUUGCCCUCCCCUGGUUCUGGCAGAACUUCAAGGCCGAUGAGUACUCGCUCUGGAAGGUCGACUACAAGUACAACGAGGAGCUCAAGCUCACCUUCAUGGCCAACAACCUGAUCGGUGGCUUCCACGCCCGUCUUGAGGGUUCCCGCAAGUACCUCUUCGGUGCUCAGGCCGUCUACGGCGCCAACUACGCCUGCGUCAUCAAGGGUGUUUUCAUGGUCCGCGGCCAGGACUUCAUGCCUGCCUUUGAGGUCGGCCCCGACUGGGAGUCGUACGAGUUCACCAAGCUCGACCCCACCUCCGAGGCUGACCGCAAGUACGUCGAUGACAUGUGGUCCUGGGAUGUCCCCGUCACCGUCGACGGCAAGGAGCUCGAGUUCGCUGACGGCCACGUCUUCAAAUAA